AUGGUCAACGGAGAGCUGAAGGUCGGCGAGGCGGACUUGGAUCUUUCCCCGCCAUACUUCACCGGCUGCAAGCACCCCCUUCUAAAGGAAGAGCUUCGUCCAGGGUUUCUGGAUAUUCCCCAGAAUCCUGCAAACACUGGAACGCAGCAGACGCAGCACCACCUAGCCAUGCGCUUGGCGCCAGUGCCGUUGGGGAACGCAGAUCCUGAAUGGCAGCCGAAUCGGACAGAGACUGAGGCAGAAGCCUACAACGGUGGCUCAAGGAAAUGUGUUUGGGCGAUGAUGCUGAUCUCCAUUCUGCUGAUUCUUCACGUGCAAAGGGAUCGAUACAUAGAGGCUUUGCGUUGGCACGGCGGCAUCGCAGAUCAUGGGCCACCGUUGCCUUGGGAAGUGCAGCCCAUCAUUUUGCCCAACGACACUUAUGAGGCCAGCUUCUUGGCCCCGAGUUUGCGUCGAGCAUCCAGCUUCGUGAAAUUAUCUUCCUCUGUCUUGGCCGUGAAUGGCAUGGCUAGUAGCAUUUUUACCAACUCCUCGAGGAGUGAGAGCGACAAGAGCAUCACCAUGGUGGUUGGCUCAGGGACCUUAGACUGCAUGGAGGCGAAGAAGCCGUGCUUUGUUGCUGUGCAGGGCGAGCCCCUCCAGGACCAAAACUGCUAUCACUUUGCCACUGGUUCAGCCUUUGACGAUUUGAAAUCGCAUGGGCAAGACUUGUGUCUCAGGUCCAAACAGGUGUAUGCGGCUCUAGCCACCCGAGCCACGGCGAAUCAGUCAGAGGUGGUUUUGGCCUGGGACCCGAUUCAUGGAGAAAGUUCUCGGCCCUAUUCUUGCCUCGCACGCGUAACAUUCCCGGGCAUGCAGCUCUUGAACAGUCUGGCUGUGGACUUGGUUGCCUCGGUGAUCUACGACCAUGUUACCGACUCGAUCAUCACCCUGGGAUUUUCUGGUUCCCAGACCAUCAUUGCAGAUCAAUACCAAGCCUCAACGUUGAGGCCUCAACUCAGGUAUUCCAUUCCGAUUUCUGUCACAUGGCUGCUCCACGCGCCCAAGAUGUCUGAUGGAUAUUUGCUUUUCCUGGGCUCUGAAACUCCGUUUGUUGGCAGCAUUUUUGCCGUGGACUUGCGCCGUCAGAUGAUCUACCAGCAAGAUCCUCCAACAGCAGGACCAAGUCAGAGGCCACGUCGCUGGGUGCUUCCCUACAACAAGUUUGUGGAGCGCUUGCCUGAAAAUCCCGCCAUGGCUUCAAAGCAAAGCCAAGAUGGACCAUGUGCACAUUGAGGAGCAGAUUAGGCCCUUCAAAGCGAAAGACCUAUGGCAUCUGCUGAUGACACUUAGAGAGGAAAAGAUAGCACGAGUCUUGAAAAUUGUAGAAAUGCGUCUACUUUUGUUACCG